AUGACUUCAAACAAGACAGUUUCAAGAGAUUUUCAAAUGAUGAUGAAUAUCAUGAAAGACAUGGGCAUCACUGAUUACGAACCUGGGGUUGUUAAUCAACUAGUUGAGUUUACUUACCGUUAUGUCACGGAAAUGCUUGAUGAUGCCAAAAUGUUUGCUAAUCACUUUGGCAAAAAGAGCGUAGACAGUGAUGAUUUGAGGAUAGCUGCUCAGAUGAAACUGGAAACUUCACUGACAAACCCUCCCCCAAGAGAAUUGCUGCUAGAGCUGGCGAGAACAAAGAAUUCAAUUCCUCUUCCUCCAGUCAAGCCAUUCAGUGGCCCCAAACUUCCUCAAGACAGAUACUGCUUGACUAAUCCUAAUUAUCAGCUUGUCGCUGUUAAAAGAACUUUUGUAAAUAAAAAUAACCCCAACUUGCCAAAGUUCAAUACAACAUCGCUGAAUGCACAGAACAACAUGACAGCGUCAUUUUCAUUGCUGAGCAAUGCAAACCAGCCUUCAGCAUUCAAGAGGAAAAGAGAAGACGAUGAAUAUGGCAUUUGA